GAGACAAACUUGUCUUUAACCAAAUUGAAGCAUGCCUCAAAACGAAUAUAUUGAGGAGUCAAUUCGUAAGCAUGGUCGUCGUUUCGAUCAUGAAGAAAGAAGUCGUAAAAAAUUAGCUCGUGAAGCUCACGAUGCAAGCCUUUACUCCCAAAAGGUUCGUGGUCUUAAGGCUAAGCUUCAUCAAAACAAGAGACGUAAAGAAAAGAUUCAGAUGAAGAAGACUAUGAAGGAACAUGAAGAGCGUAAUACCACUCAACGCGGUUCUGAGGCUCCUGCUCCCGGUGCUGUUCCUACGUAUUUGCUUGAUCGUGAACAGGAAUCACAAGCCAAGAUGCUCUCUAGUGCUGUUAAGCAAAAACGUAAAGAAAAGGCUGCUAAAUACUCCGUUCCUUUACCCCAAGUGCGUGGUGUUCCUGAAGACGAAAUGUUCAAGGUUAUCAAAACUGGUAAAAGUAAGGAUAAGUCUUGGAAGCGUAUGAUUACAAAAGCUACUUUUGUCGGUGAUGGAUUCACCCGUCGUCCCGUCAAGUAUGAGCGUUUCAUUCGUCCUAUGGCACUUCGUCAAAAGAAAGCCAAUGUUACACACAAAGAGCUCGGUGUUACCAUGCAACUACCUAUCAUUGGUGUGAAGAAGAAUCCCCAAAACCCUACAUACACACAAUUGGGUGUUCUCACCAAAGGUACCAUUAUCGAGGUUAAUGUUAGUGAACUCGGAUUGGUAACUUCCGGUGGUAAAGUUGUUUGGGGUAAAUAUGCACAAAUUACCAACAAUCCUGAAAUGGAUGGUUGUGUAAAUGCUCUUCUUUUAACUUAAAAUAUGCAUUUCUUUAGGGAGUAAUGCGCGAUCUGCAUGGGAAGCGUUUUAUGUCAUGGCAUCUUGUACUAAAGUUUUUAAAAGUUUGUUUAAUAUUUUUAGGAUUUACGUUUAACUCUUUUGGGAUCCUUGAAAAUUCUUAUUUAAGCUGGUACCUGCUACUAGCUAGUUUCUUGGUGUAUGGUAUGGUUAAUAAUAUGAGUACAUUCAUCUCGUGAUUCAAAGUGUGUGAAUGAUUGAGUAGCCGUCAUCUGUCGCAAAACAAUGAAACUAUGAUAAAAC